GCGUACGGGAGUCGAGCGGAGGUCCGCUUUUUAGGCGUCAAUUUUUGGAGGCGCGUCAACUCGGCGCACUACUUUGUAGAAAUUAAUCCGAAAGCCCGACCUGUCCAAAAAUGCAUUUACGAAAUCUCCACGCAAUUGUGGUGGCGUUCACCUACAGUUUUUCUAUGUGUCAUUAUGUUUUGGCACUCGACAACGACAUUGUUUCUCCUGAAAAUGGAAGAGUCACGCGAAUGUCUCCAACCAGAGGAAGCUUAGCCGGUGGAACAAAAUUGGUCAUUCAGGGAACUGGUUUUUCGGCGGAUCAGUUCUCGUUUGAUAAUCCAAAACUCGGAAACAAAGUGACGCUGGUCUCUGCAAGAGGAGUUAUUAUACCGUGUCAUGUUGUUGAAACAGAUACCUCACCAACACGAAUCUCCUGCGAAACUGGUGUUCCUCCAAAGGGAUUCGAAGACGAUACCUAUUCUUUGAAGAUCAAAGUGAACGAUAUUCCUUUCGGAGGGGCCAACACAAAACCCUACUGUUGGGGAGCGUGUCAUUUUCGGUUCAAUAAAUGGAGGACCCCGACAAUUAACCAAAUAAGUUUCCAAGCUGGUUUACCAGAUCAAGUGAUAAAGAUAUCAGGAAGGGUUUUGACUGCCCAAAUUGGACGUUUAUCUGAUGGCAGUGGGGAAAAUUUUAAUCCAGAGGGCAAAGAGAUUGUGCGGCUGUACAUAGGUGGAGCUAACUGUGAUACCAAUAACAAAGAAACAGAGGAAACAUAUGGGACAUGGGUGGAUCAAUGGAAUGCAAAUGGCUAUAUCAUCUGCCGCCCAGAGCUCAAGGAGCCAGGAUCUUACAAAGUUUCAUAUCUCGUGUCUGGCGAUGCUGGUCGUUCGAAACCCGAUGAUCACGUCAGUUAUGUUGACAGUGAUGAAACCAUCUACCAAUACCAAGCUCAUGCUGAUGUUAUAUCAAUCUCUCCGAGAUCUGGCAGUGUUAAUGGAGGAACUAUUCUAACGAUCACAGGAAGAUUCUUUGUGAUGGACAAGAAACGGGUCACAGUAAGCGUUGGAGGCGCACCAUGCGAGGUUCUGUCCACCAGUGAGACCACAAUUAAAUGUAGAACAUCUCGAGAACCUUCAAAUAUUAAAUACAUGGAUUUACAUGCAGGAGCGAGAGGUGUUGUUCGGGAGAUUUGGAAAGACAAAUUGGUUCAGGAGUUACGAGACGUUGACUCGACCCUCUCACCUGACACACCUGGUUAUAUUCGUGAGCACUAUACGGACUUUGCUUCCAGCCCGACAGUGGAAACAUUCAAGAAGAAUAAGACUUCAGAGCAAUACACUUCGCGGAUCACAGGCAUAUUUGUGCCACCCAGUACAGACAGCUACAGAUUUUAUGUACGGUCAGACGACAAGGGUUUGGUGUACCUGAGCAAUAGCACAUCUCCCAAAGAUAAGCGAGAAAUCGCUUCCGCGAAAUCAUAUACAGGAAAAUCGUGGUCAAGAUACUCAACACAAAGAUCUGAGGUGCUGCAUUUGACUGGAGGGAAAGAAUAUUACUUUGAAGUGCUUCAAAACGAUUACGGUUGGUCACAUUGGGUAAAUCUAGGCAUGCAUAAACACACAACGAAAAUGACUCACGAUCAAGUCCCAAUGGCAGUGGAUGAAGUACAGGAAUUGAAGAUAUCCACUGUGCAAGCUAGCGAAGAACAGACGAUUACCGUUGAAAACUGGACGGAUGGAUUCACACAACACGAAGAACAACUGGUGACAGUAAAUCAAUGUUUGAUGGUAAACGACACUUGUACCAAAGCGCCAGACUUUGAGUUAGACUACGAUGGCCACGUUACAGCGGCUCUUUCCUCUGACAUUAGCAAAACUGGUUUGCAAAGCGCGUUAAAUGGUUUGCCUUCCAUAUCCUCAGCAGGAUCAGUAACCGUCAGCAUGGAAUCCGCUGAUAACACAGAAAGAGUCUACAGGGUAAAAUUCAUGUUUUCCGAGCCGGAGACAACAGUCGUGUUGAAAGAUGCAAGUCGGUUUAGAGGGAAAUUCGUGAGUGUGGUUGUGGAUAAAUCAGGAACAAGAACCACAAAAGGCUUUAGUUUAGGUUUUGAAGGUGUGAAGUCGUUGCCUAUUCAUCCAGACAACACUGAAAAGGAGAUGAAUGAUGUUAUAAAAGAUCUGUUUACAACCCGUUGUACCUAUUCAACACGCUUUGGAAACGCAUAUUUCUAUCAAGGUUUUGAAGAAUCGUGGGGAACAGAGUCUGGUGAUAGAGUUGGUAACGUCGAGCCUUACUGCGGUAGGAAGGCGCUGUAUAAUCCAAAUGAGAUUUUCAAAGCUGGUACAACAUUUAUUCGUAAAGGAGCAAAAGGGCAAGAGUUUGAUGUACAAACUUUUCCCCAGCUCUGUCUGGCAAUAAAAGGAGAGUUAAAAACUGUGGCUAUCCAUAUGAAGAUCAAAUACAAAGAUACAUCGAAGACAAAUCGGGAGAUGACCCUGCAACACACAUUAGAGACAUACACUCCAAACAAGUGGAAUCAUAUUUGUGUUAAUAUGUAUAGCCUAAUAACAGCUAAUUCACAGUUAUCUAAUGCACGCAAACCUGGGUCGUCUGUGUUCAUGAAAACCAUCUUUAUCUCACGUUCUCUCUACGUUGAUGAUAUCUGGAUUGGGAGAAUACCGGUGACAGUAUCAAAAAUGAGGAAAGCUGCCAAACCAAACGGACACUGGAUCUCGGAUGCAUCCGUUACAAAAACGUCAUCGAAAGAAUUCACCGUCAGCAUGUCUCCAGCAAAGUGUGGCGAUGGUAUACCAUUAUUGGAAGUCGUAGGAGCCCAGAGAAAAGGCGACAAGGACGAUGCCAGUUUCAACUUUACCGAGUUUGGUUCAAGCAUAGAAAUAAAACGAGAAAAGGCAGCAAGUCCACCAUUGACUGGUGUCUUUGAUAUUUCACACCAAAAUACGACAGUGAAAGAUAUUUCGUUGAACACUACGGGGGAACAACUGAAGAAGAUGUUGGAGGAUAAUUUCGACGUGGGCACAGUCGUGGUGACGAAAACUGAGAAAUGUUAUUACGCCAAGUGGAAGGUGUCGUGGACCUCGAAGCCUGGGCUCCAGCCGUUACUUCAUGUAAAUACAAGCAAACUCUUCGGAAAUAAAGUGUCGUUCAAAAACUCUCAAACUGAGGGCGGAUUGUUCUACAAUAAAAUUCCUGGAGAAUUCCUACGAAUGCCAAGCAAAAAGCCACAGGUCGUGGUUACUGUCAACGACUUGGUUGCGAGCUGUUUGAAUGAAAACUGCUCUUACAAUUACUCGACUGAAAGGACACCGACAAUACAAGCUAUCUCGCCGACAAGGACGACACCUGGGGCAAUGGUUACUGUGACUGGCACAGGAUUUAACAGCAACGCCAGCCACGUGAUGGUUACCAUUGGCAACGUGCCGUGUGACGUCAGCACGGCUUCCGAAACCCAAAUUUCGUUCAUAGUUGCGUCUAAUGUCAAGCCAGGAAUUCAGACUGUGAACGUGAAUGUAUUUGGCAAGGGUAAUGCUAUGGCUAGCUCAAAGCUAAGUCCUACCAUAUCCAUUGAAAUAAACGUGACUGCGGUGAAACCUUCCAGCGGUGGUACUGCUGGUGGUACAACACUCACUAUCACUGGGUCGGGCUUUGGAACAUCAAAAACUGACCUCAGUGUAUUGAUCGGCGGAGUGGAGUGCGAAAUUGUAACAAUUGCGCCAACUGAGAUACAAUGUAAGACUGGUGCUCGCUCCAAUGGGACUGCGGAUGUGGUUAUUUCAGGCAAAAAUGUCAGCGCAACUUUAAGUGAGAAAUACACAUACGAUUCCUCGCUCGAGGCGAUAAUUACUAGCUUUAGUCCUACGACUGGAGCAGUUCACGGUGGUUCGGUUCUGACUAUCUCAGGAUCUGGAUUCCCAAAUUCCGCGUCGGAAGUUGAAGUGAUGGUCGGAGGUCUUGACUGCCCGGUCCAUAAUGUUACAGCUACAGAGAUCACAUGUCUGCUGCCGAGACACAAACCCGGUCGGGCAAAGGUCGUUGUCGAUACGCAAAAGAACGGAAGAGCCUCCUACAGCGGGUCUGUGAUGAACUUCACCUACGUCCUGUUUCUCAGCGCCGUUUCACCGAGCCGAGGGUCUCUGAAUGGGGGUACAGAGAUCACCAUUACCGGGGAAGGUUUUCAUGGUAAUAUGAGUGGUAACGUUGUUACCAUCGGGGAAAAGAAGUGCGAGGUUUUCGACAGUACUUCGGUUACGAUUAAGUGUAAAACGCAAAAUGGCGGAAGCAUUGUUGCAGUCGAUAACUCUGGCUCCCAUCCAGAAUAUGGAAUUGGUUACCAGUGGAAACCAGCUGUAGUUCAUAUAAAAGUUGGUGAUACUGUCAAGUGGAGUUGGUCUGCUCCAGUAGGAGUCAAAUUGAAUUAUGGUGUCUUUGAAACGGCUGAUGAAAAAUCUACAAAAUAUGACGGCAAAGGUUUUAACAGUCCCCGAGGUUCAAGUGGAUCAUUUGUUCAUCUGUUUACCAAACCAGGCACAUACCAUUUCUCAAGUGGUUAUAUCGAUGCCUAUGGCGCUAUCGAUAUGAAAGGAAAAGUUGUUGUGGAAGCGGCUGUGUCGAAAACUGAAGACGUUAACGUAGAAGUUGAUGGAUUCAAGGCACCCCACAAUCUGCCUCAAAACGCUUCAGCCCAAACUGAAGAAUCGAAUUGUGAAACAGCGGUCCUCUCUAGAGACAACUUGCACUUUGGCUUCACCUACUCGACAUGCGCGACCGGCACCGUCACCAUAGUAACUCCUGCUUCUGGCGUCAGCGGCGACGUCAUCACCAUCGAAGGUACCGGCUUCAGUACAAACAAAAAAGAUAAUAUUGUUAAGUUCAGCAGCCAUGAUUGUCUGACGGUGGGUAACUCGACUUCGACAUCAAUCACCUGUGUCUUGGAUAUGUCACAAAGUCCUACACCAUUUGAACCAUUUGAUGUAUCCAUUCGAGUCAAAGGCCUUGGUUUCGCCAAUGUUGCAUCAGCGAUGAAUCAUACAACCACGUUCCAGUUGAUAUCCUCGAUAGAAUCGGUUUCUCCAAGACGGGGUUCAAUCGCCGGGGGUACUACCGUAGCUAUAACCGGUCAAGGAUUCAUCGAUGGUAUCUCUGUUACCAUUGGUGGAGCCAGAUGUGACGUCACAGAAGUAUUGUUCACACGGGUAACCUGUGUUACGUCGGCGUUGGGGACGAGCGAAAAACUUAAUCAAACUGUGGUUAUCAGUCUAUUCAAGGAUAAUGUGGAACACAGAGGAAUGUGUAAGGAUCCUAAUGGUUGCAUGUUUGACUUCAUGGAUAGUCAAACGCCUGAAGUUAGCGAUGUUCAGCCACAGACUAUAAGCUCACCGAAUACAGUUAUCACCAUGAAUGGCACUAAGUUUACGAGUGUGACUUCAGAUAUUUCCAUCAUGGUUGGUGACGAAUCGUGUGUGGUAGGGCAACAGCAUCUGAGACGCAAAUCACCUGUACCAUAGCUGGCCUCGUUGCAGGAGAU